AUGCUGCGAGCGGUGCGGUACCUGCUGGGGUCGCCGGGCGCGAGCGGGUUCGGGUCGAGAUCGACGGCGGAGGAGGUGACCCGGGACCUGGGCGCGACGACGGCCAUCAUCACGGGCGCCACGUCGGGGAUCGGCGCGGAGACGGCGCGCGUGCUGGCGAAGCGCGGCGCCCGCGUGGUGAUCCCGGCGCGGAGCGCCAAGGCGGCGGAGGACGUGCGCGCGCGCAUCGUGGCCGAGUGCCCCGCCGCCGACGUCCUCGUGCUCCCGCUCGACCUCAGCUCGCUCGCGUCCGUGCGCGCCUUCGCCGACAGGUUCCUCGCGCUCGGCCUCCCGCUCCACCUCCUCAUAAACAAUGCCGGCAAGUUCUCGCACGGGCAGCUGGCGCUCUCGGAGGACGGCGUGGAGAUGACCUUCGCCACCAACUACCUAGGGCACUUCCUGCUGACGAAGCUGCUGGCGGGGCGGAUGGCGGAGACGGCGGCGGCCACGGGCGUGCAGGGCCGCAUCGUCAACGUGUCGUCCAGCGUGCACGGCUGGUUCGCCGGCGACUGGGCCGAGUACCUGCACCUCGUCACGCGCCGCAAGAUACCCUACGACGCGACGCAGGCGUACGCGGUGUCCAAGCUCGCCAACGUGCUGCACACCAGAGAGCUCGCCGCGCGCCUGCAGGAAAUGGGCGCCAACGUGACGGUGAACUGCGUGCACCCGGGCAUCGUGAGGACCCGCCUCAACCGCGACCGCGACGGCGUCCUCACCGAUCUGGUGUUCCUGCUGCUGUCCAAGCUGCUGAAAACGAUCCCUCAGGCUGCGGCGACCACGUGCUACGUGGCGGCCCACCCGAGGGUGGCCGGCGUGUCCGGCCGCUACUUCGCCGACUGCAACGAGGCGCUGCCGUCGCCGGCCGCCACCGACCGCCACGAGACCGCGCGCCUCUGGCGGGUCUCCGAGGCCAUCAUCGACGGCUGCACCAGCACCGGCCAACCCCAGCAGGACUGCACUACUGCUCCGCUACUACGAUUCCUCCCCGCCCAGACACAGUCACAGGCCGGAGCUGCUUCGUCGCCGCGUCGUCGAGCCUGCUGA